AUGGGCCGUGGCCGAGGUCAAGGACAAUGGCGAGAUCAACAGCCGUCCUAUGGCUGGCACUCAUCCCAGUAUGGUGCCAAGGAGCAUGGAUGGGGACAGGAGCCACGACGCCGGGACGACAAGGAGCCCAAGAAGGCCAAGGAGUACGUCUUCCCCGCCUACAACAAGGUCAGUGUGGCCACGAAGGAGCAGGACAAUGGUGUGGGCAGAGAUGCCAACGACCUGGACGGGCCGGGCAACUUUGUCAGACAUGUCCAGAAAUUGGUCAAUGCUGCUCGGAAGGCGGAGGCCAGAGUCCGCAAGGCCGAAAAGGACAGCGAGGAGUCGGACUGCCAGUGGAAGGAGUUCCAAGCUCAACUCAGGAAAGCUUUCCUGAGGGAGAGGGCCAGACAUCAGGGCGAUGCACGCCGUUUUGCCCAGGAGGUCGAGGAGCAGAGGGAACUUCACCAGAAGGCCCUGGGAGAACUUCGACGGAUGCUGGAUGGACCUACGGAAAAGCCCAUCAAGGAGGAAGAAGGGGAGCGUGGAGCUCUGGACGAAUGGGCCAAGCUCACGGCUAUCCCCGACGAGGCGGAGUAUUUCCUGGAGACCCUUCGGGAUGGACGAGAAAGGCACCCUCUCCGCCAAGGCGAAGGCGAAAUUGGUUUCGAUCCUGGGACUUCGAGGAGAUGGGUGUCGAGUGGCCAAGCCGGACAAGCCCACACCAGCGCCUAUGGAGGUCGAGUUGGAGGACAGUGCCGGAGAGAGCAGGGAGAGGCCGCCCUUUCCCUUUUCCCCAUCGACAAGGACAGCUCUGCCCUCACACCUUCGGCUUCCCGGAUUCGAGGAUCCUCCCGUCGAGUGCCGGUCAAGGCUUUGGGGCGUGCAAAGCCAAAGGUGCCCACACUCAAGCCGGGUACCAAGCUGGCCGACAAGCUGGAACAGCGCCGGGCACAGGCUAUCAAGCUGGUGGAGGACGACGACGAGGACGACGAGGACCUCGACCUGCUCAAGGAGGAUGGAACUACAAGAGAAGGCAUUUUGCCUGCAGCUAUGAGUCGGCGGGGUGCCGACCUCCCCCUCCUUUUUCUGCCGGGCUCCCUUGGAGCAGCAGACAAUAUCUUUUGUGGCGACUUUUUCGGCCAGUUCGCCACCAAUCCCUUCCUUUCAAACGGUGCCCACGAGCUCUUCUACCCGGCCUUUGCUGCCGGCAACGAGGGGGUCUUGCAGACCUACCAAGCCGUCGAGGGGUAUCCUAUCUCGGCUCCCCGGGCUUCUCUAUACGAUGUUGAGGGGCACAUGAUAUGCAAGCACAAUAUCUGGCACGGCCCUACGGGAGGCCACGACCAGCAUGCACGAGGGCAAGUUCAUUUCUUCGACCUCUUGGUUGUGCUAUUCUAUCUCCGGGACUGUGUUGCGGAUUUAUUUCUGGCACAUGAUUUCUGGAUGCAAGCUUAUGCUUCCGGGAUGGCCUGCACCCUUCUCCUCAUGCGUGGUGUCAUUCUCCUCGCUCUUUUGGCGAGGGGCUCGAACUACCAGGCCGCCCUUCCAACACUCCAGGACUCCAGGCCACCCAAGCAGACGGACUUAGAGUUGUGGGCAUCGGGGCAACUCACCAUGAGAGAACAGUUGGCCCUUUCAUGGAGCAGAGUCUUGGAGGAGAGGCCCCUCGAGCACUCUACUGGGAAGGCUGCAACUCCGCGGUUCACAGCAUCGGCGGAUGACGCCCAGGCCCUCCUGGACGAGGCAAACCAGCAGAGGGCCAUGCACAUCACUAUUUGGCUGGCCACUCCCUAUUAUGAAGAGGAGGUUCUGGACAUGGGGUGGCUUUUCCUCAGACCCGUGCCAGCCUGGCCAGAGCAGUGUACAACACCAGUCGUGCACUGCCCUCUGGCGCGGAGGUGGCUUCAUGGCCUCAACAAGUUCAUCUUGGUUAUGGACAGCACAGGUAUUGGUGGGGCGACCUUCGCCUUCUACCACGAGGGGCCUGUGGCAAAGGACUCCCUGCAACAGCUCCUGUCUCCCGAUGAGGAUGCUGAGGAUGUUGAGUUCUAUGUCUUUGGGCGAAACAGCCCAUUGGAAUCUGAUCAGAUUCCCUCUUCGAUGAUUGGCAAAUAUGUGGUCUACCAGAGCACGAGCGACCAAGUUGUCUUCUCUGACUACUUGUCGGACGAGCAAAAUAUCGUGCUCAUGGCCGAGCAGCUCCUCAACUUUGAUGCGGGCAAUUGCUGGAUCAAAAUGCCAGACACCCCGCUGGCCCAUCUUUCACAUGCCGGCCGCAAUAUCACCAAGCAGAUUGCGGUUGUGGAGGGGCCCAGGCACACGCCGAUGGUUACCCUGGAUCAUGCGGUGGUCUUCCUGGACUUGCGCGAGCUUGGGCUCUUCCCACAGUGGAUUUACCUUGAAGAUGGGUUCCUCGACCCGACUGCCUUCCUGGACGACAUUCGUUUUCCGGCCAUCGAGGGGUGGACAGUCAUCGUGGAAGGUGGGGACCCUUGCCGCCCACCACCAUGUCUUGAAGCUCGGGAUGGUGAAACUCUUCGUUUCGCCCUCCGGGAAGGAGCGGGAUCCAGCAGCCUUGAGAGCCCCCACGACAGUGAUGACAGUGGACAGGAUGACCACAGCCAAGAUGGUGACACCGACGAUGGCAGCUCGGAUGGGAGAGACAUUUUGGAUUCCAGUGAGUUCUCGGGCUCACCGGCCCCAGACACGGGAGCUCCUCGAGGACCUCCUCCGCCGCAGCCCAUGGAUAGGAGCAGAUCCCCGCGACGAAGGCAGGAUGAUGCGGGACCUACGGAGCCAACCUCCCUCAGCCUCACCCACCUGGUACAGCCUCCCAUGUUCGACCUGACUGACCAGUCGGUGCAGCUACCGUGCGAUGAAGAAGCCCUCAGAGCCAUGUCCCGGACAUGGCCGCCGGAUUGGCUACAAGCUGACAUCAGCCAGGCUAAGCUCAAGCAGCCUACAAAGGAGCAGUUGAAGGGCCAUGUGCACUGGAGCGACCUCCUCGCCAGUCUUCGACCAGGUGAACUUCCGGAGGCCCACAUCUACACAGAUGGGGCAUGGAACCCCAAAACAGGCCUGGGAGGGUAUGCUGUUGCGAUUAUCCUUGUGCUCUCCGGGGCACACGCCAUCUUCGGACUACUCGGCGAACAAGUGCAAGGAAAUGCAGCCACACCUUGGACUUUCCAGGCCCCACCGGCGCUCCGAGUGGAACAAAUAGCACUCGCUACCUCCCUCUUUUGGAUCCUCCAAGGAUGUUCCUUCCUCCGGUUCGAGAGCGUUACGGUGCACUUUGACUGCCUUUCGGCGGGGUGGUCGAUGAGUGGGCAGUGGGGUCCUACGAACAGUUUUGGCCUCCAAACCCACGCCCUGGAGCAAUAUCUACAAGAGCUGGCAGACCCACCGCCAGCCUUUUGCCAUGUUGCUGCUCACAAAGGGCAUCCAUACAACGAAUUGGUGGAUUCAUUGGCGGAGCAGGUUGCGGUCCAGGCGAUCAGGCUUCCAUGUCCACCCACUGAAGCCGUUCACGCCUUCAUGACAGCGGACCUCACCUGGUUGGGUGUUAUUGCCAGGAACUACAAGCAAGGGGGCCUACCCAUCCAACCUGGCUAUAUAUUCAGAUGGAGUGUUGGUGGCAAUGCUGGCCCUGCUGCCCUAACUCCUGAGCAGCUUAUCCCGGUCCAGUACCAAGGCCAGGACUCACUGGACGGGCAGCAGAACUUUGAGAUCAAGGUCCUUUCCCUCAAUGCACAAAGCCUUUCGGGCAAGCACAGGUACUUUGAGGAGCAGCUGGACUCCUUGAAUUGCAACCUGGCCCUGUUUCAAGAAACCAAGGGCCUUUCCAAUGUCAUUGCCAGCAAGUCCUUCCUGCGACUGGCCACUGAUGGAGCCUCUCACUGGGGGGUGGCUGUAUGGGUGAGUCGAAAGUUCGGACUGCUGUCGUUCGGCGGUCGGGUGAGAUGCAUCGAGGAGGCGGACAUUCGAAUUGUCUGUGAAAGCCCAAGGCUGCUUAUACUGGCCAUCGACCUCGACGGCCGCAAGAUCAUCGCGUAUUCGGGGCACUGCCCGCACUCAGCCAAGGGGCCGGAGGCAAAGGAGUUCAUUGCCAACCUUCGUCGAUGCCUUGCCCUGCUGAAAAGAUCCACCCUCAUUGUCGGGGGUUUGGAUUUGAACGGCAGGGUGGUCACUAAUGUGGCUCAAACCACAGGCGGGCUACGGUUUGGUGAGGAAGACGCCAUUGGUCGGGAGAUGACGGAGGUGGCGCAAGAGCUGCAGCUGUGGUUCCCUUCUACGUUCGAGAGACUGCAUGUUGGCGAGCAUGCCACCUACCAGCAGGCGAAUGGAGCAGUUCACAGGAUCGACUAUGUCAUCCUGGGAGGAGCCUCGGAGGUCUCCUUCCUGAAAAGCUGGGUGCAGUACGACUUCGACACUGCCUCCCCCAAUGAUGACCAUUGGCCAGUCAUGGAUGGGCCUGGGACCUACGAGAUGCCAAGUUGA